AUGCCUCCCAGAAGAAACGCGCAAUCCGUCUCUGCCGAGAUCUCCCUAAGUCACCUCAAGAGUUGUUUGGUCAACCUUCCAUCGUCACUCGUCUCAUUACUUGUUAACGUCAACACUCCUGCGCAAAAUGUCAUCGUCGAACUCAGUUACCGAGAUGCCUCUUUGACCGGAUCCGGCUCUCAACAGCGCUCCAUAUUUGUAGGAUGGACAGGAAUGCCAAGCAAGAGAAGAACAGCCCCUCCCGCUACACGCGAUGGACUCAAUGGCUCAAGAUCAUCCCGCGAUCAAGAGAUUCAGCUUGUCGAACUCGAUGCCACACUAGCAAAGACAUUGGGACUGUCGGAAGGGCAGAAGAUCAUGGCCACCAUCUAUCUCGAUCCUCCCAUGGCGCAUACGAUCAAUAUCGAACCUCUGACGCCAGAAGACUGGGAGAUUAUCGAGCUACACGCGACGUUCCUCGAACUUAACCUUUUGUCCCAGAUCCGCGCGCUUCCGAACCCCUCAUACAAACUCGGCGACAACCCUGUUGCGCCCCACGCAUUGACGCUGCACUUGUCCCCGACGUCGACGGCGAAGAUCAAGGUCAUCUCACUGGACCCUGCGCCUCCCGCAGACAUACCAUUCGCCAAGAUCUCACCCGACGCCGAGGUAAUUGUCGCGCCGAAAACGAGGCAGAAGAGCUCGCUCAACUCAGGCGAUCAUAGAAGUGUGGCCAGUACUUCAAAGUCUAAGAGAAGCGCCACCAGUACAGUGCGGAGGCGAAGCGCAAAGGAAGAGCGACGGUCUGCCAUCUUCUUGCGCGGCCUCGAUCGAGCUUCGUGCGAAGAAUGGUUUGACGAAGGACCCCUGCCGCAAGACUUCAGUGUGUGGGUUGAUCAUGAUCUUCUGUCUGGUGAAGCUUUGAAAGGAGUCAACUACGUUACGGUCGAUGUUAUUAGACCAGCUGGAUUGCAACAACCCCAACCAGAAGAAGGGGGUGUUCCCGCCGGUAUGGCUGCGGCCACGAAAGUAAUUGCUCACCUCCGGUCAUGGGUCGACCCUCCCAACAGCCAGGCAGUAGCUCUCUCAUCCCCUCUUUGCGCCACUCUCGGCUGCACUGGUAUGGUCGGCGGUAUCGUGAAGCUCCAAGCUGCACAACAGCAGCUAUCAAAGGGUACGGUGCAAAGUAUCAAGAUUUUCCCUUUCGCGACAAGUGCCAAAACAAUCGAAGGUCUUCGUUUUGGCGGAGAGUCCAAGGCUGAGAAAGAAGAAGCCGCAAAGCGAUUCCGUCAGAUCUACGAUGGUUUUAGGGGUACAGAUGGGCUCCUUCAAGGACCUUUGACAGAUGGAUCUGUUCUGAACAUAUACGACGGUCUUGAGGCCCCUCAGGGGUGGGAGGGUGGUAUUGUGAAGUUUACAUACAAUGCAGACUUUCAGGAAAGUAAGGAGGCAACAAAUUGGCUGCUAGGGAUUGAUCCCAAGUUACCCAUUGACGUUCAGCCACCUACUACUCGGCCAUCCUGGAUGUCUGAACCAGAUGGGUUUGAGCGGCAGCCAACACACGAUUCGCUUCUUGUUGGAAUCGACUCCUUGUUGAACAACUUACAGUCUAAUCUUAUACAUCUAUCAUCCGUUCUUCUUACAGGAGGCAUGGGAUCAGGAAAGUCCUCAAUUGCCAAACACCUGGCUCAAAAGCUUCGACAAGAGUCAUUGUUCAAUACGCUCUAUUACCCCUGUCGGAAACUUGUCAACGACGAAACGAGAAUCUCAACAAUAAAAGAAACGCUGAAUCGGUUAUUUGCCUCUGCCAGCUGGGGCGCGCGAUUGAACGGAAAGGCCGUUGUUAUCCUUGACGACCUCGAUAAGCUUUGCCCUGUCGAGACAGAACUGCAGGUUGGAAAUGAUAAUGGUAGAAGCAGGCAAGUUGGUGAGAUCUUGUGCUCCAUUGUAAGACAGUACUGCACUCGAGAUAGUGGUGUUGUGCUUUUGGCAACAGCUGAAGCCAAGGAAUCUAUUAAUGGUGUUGUGGUCAGUGGCCAUGUUGUGCGCGAGAUCGUGGAGCUUAAAGCACCCGAUAAAGAAGCAAGACGCCAAGUCAUGGAGUCCAUUGUUAUGCUGGAUGCUGUGACUGCUGAUGAAGCCCAAACACAGUUCAGUGAUGGCAGCCGACCACAGACCGCCGAUAGUAGCACGACGGGAGGAGACAGUGGUGCGUGGAUGGAUGGCACCAGCCACACGAGCAAGGAGGAUCACAAAGCAAAGACAAGUGGUUUUAUUUUGGACCCAGAUCUCGAUUUCCUUGACAUCUCAGGUUCUACGGACGGCUACAUGCCAGGGGAUAUUAGUGUGCUGGUAUCUCGUGCGAGGAACGAAGCCAUCAUCCGAGCCAUUGCCGAGUCCCCAGACUCAACAGGUGCUAUUCAUUUAGCUCGUGCUGACUUUGAAAAGGCCCUCAAGGGCUUUACUCCAGCCUCACUGAGAAACGUGACAUUGCAGAGUUCAUCCACGAGCUUCAAAUCUAUCGGAGGUCUGCAAGAGACGCGACAAGUACUUCUGGAGACACUACAAUAUCCCACAAAGUACGCGCCAAUCUUUGCCCAAUGCCCUCUGCGUCUUCGGUCAGGUCUUCUUCUGUAUGGGUACCCCGGUUGUGGCAAGACUCUUCUCGCCAGCGCUGUUGCUGGCGAGUGUGGCCUUAACUUCAUUAGUGUCAAGGGUCCUGAGAUCCUGAACAAGUACAUUGGUGCCUCUGAAAAAAGCGUCCGAGACUUGUUCGACAGAGCUUCAGCUGCAAAGCCAUGUGUGCUCUUUUUCGACGAGUUCGACUCCAUCGCGCCCAAGAGAGGACAUGAUUCUACUGGUGUCACGGAUCGUGUUGUCAACCAACUUCUAACGCAAAUGGAUGGUGCCGAAGGUCUAUCAGGUGUCUAUGUGCUAGCAGCUACAUCUAGGCCUGAUCUGAUAGAUCCUGCUCUGCUUCGUCCUGGCCGUCUAGACAAGUCUCUCCUCUGCGACAUGCCUGCCCUAGAAGAUCGAGUUGAUAUUAUCAAGGCAUUGUUCCAGAAAGUGAGACUUUCGGAUGAAUUGAUCGAGUCUGAUGGACCCCUUACAGACAUCGCCCGCCAAACCGAAGGCUUUUCGGGUGCUGAUCUUCAAGCCCUCGUGUCCAAUGCUCAGUUGGAGGCUAUUCAUGACGUCUUGGACGUAGACGGGCCUGCAGUCACCUCAAAACGGUCCAACGGUACCAACGCCAAGUCGAACUCCACACCAAGCUUCGUCCAGUUCCGCUAUGGGGACAAAGUCAAGCCAGUCAUCGAAGCCACGCCAAAGAGCAGGUCGGCUGCCGUUGUUGAGAACGCGUCGAUCCUUGCAAAACUUGAGGAGAUUAAGAUAGCUCGCAAGAAGUCAAAGCAAGUCCAUGGCGUUCCUGCAGGUAACACCGAUGCCAAAGCGCAAGCUAGUGAGCAGAGGGAAGUAGUCAUUGAGUUGAAUCAUCUCCUCAAAGCGCUGGACAACACAAGGGCUAGUAUCAGCUCCGAGGAGAGGAGGAGAUUGCAGAGAAUUUACACUGAGUUUGUCGUUGGUAGAAGUGGACAAAUGAAGGAUGGACAGGGAAGUAUGGAGAUUGGAGGACGGAGCAGCUUGAUGUAA